AAAUAUAAUAAAUAUUUACUAAUAUUUAUCACAAAUAUUAUGUAUUCCUUAGAAUGCAUGUUGCUACUAAUUACUAUAUACAUAUUAAACUAAUUAGUAUCUUAUCUCGGUGUUUAAAAUUAUACAUAUGUGAUAUAAUAUCAUGUUUACAUAAUAUGUAAAUGAAAGAAAGAAAUAGUAAAAUUAUAUAUAUAAUUUUUAAAAUUAAAAUGCUUUGAAUCAUGAUUUGCUUCAUCCUACCUCGUAUGAUUGUAGAAUUGUAGAUUUAAGCUCGACACGUUUCGAAUUAUUAAAAUUUCAAUAUUUCAAUCACCAUUCUUGCAAUUCUUAUAAAAUUCUAGAAAUUUAAAAUAAUGCAAUCUCUUUGUCAAUAAUUAUUUUUUUCUAAUUUAUUUUUAUUGAUUUCCAUGAAUUCUUUUAGAUUUUCGGCAAAAUCUCCUGCAAACUUGAAAUUUUAGAAAUUGCAAUUCUUAAAAUUUGUGUGGAAACAAAUGUAAACAUUUUCAUGCUCAUUUACGAAACAAGUGUUUUAUAAUCAAUAAUGUAUUUAUUUUAUUAUAUAUCCAUAUAUAAAUUUAAAAAAAUAAUAUUAUUUAUUAAGUAAAAUAAAUUUUAUUUUAAUAGGAUUCACAACAUUAAAAAUCAAUGAUUAAAAAAGGCUAAUAAGAGAAAGAGAAUCAAUGCGGUUCUAAGCGCAAACAUAUAUGUAACAAAUUAAAUCGAUUUAGAAGAUAUACGAUAGAAUAUGUCUGAUUUAACCUUUUAUUUAUAUGUAUAUAGGAUAUAUUUAUUAUAUUAAAUCAGACAUAUCUCUUAUAUUUUUAAAAUAAAUUUGAUUUGUUACACAUCAAUACGCGCUGUGAUAUCAUGUUGAUUCUCUUUAAUCUUUCUGUAAUUGUUAUUUAUUAAAUAAAAUAUAAUAUUCUUAAACACACACACACACACACACACACACACACACAGUUACGCGUAAUUUUCGUAAUUACAUUCACUACAAAUCUAAGUGUGCGUCUCUCGUGUCUAUAACUUAAUUUUUUGCGUAAAAAUAACAACAAAACGCGUUAAGUUACAUCAUUAAAAAAAUGUAAAUUUGACUUGUUUAUGCAGUAGUGUAGUGUGUCAUUUCUAGUAUUUCUACACGAAAAACUGAAUCGCAAACACGCACGCACACGCACGCGCACAUACAUCAACGAGAAAUUUUUUACACGUGUAUUUACAUACAUUUUUAUAUUUGUUUUUAGACUAUUUUAGAGUGUAUUUGCCAGUCUCCCUCCAUUUCUCCCUUUUUUUAUUCCUUCCCUCAGAAUCCUGCGCUUUCGCGAGUUCACGCGUUUGUUAUUAUCACCUCAGUUUCUGCUGCAAUUCAAUGUCGCGUGCAGUCCGGAGAUGCAGCACGGUUCUCUGCACGGGGGAGAGAUCUCGGAGCAGAGCAUGCCGAUCAGUUCCCUCCGAGUGGUCGGCGCGCCUAGGUCUCUCGUAGAAAAUACGAUGAACGGCAACAAGUGCAAUUUGCCCGUCGAGAUCGGCGCCGUGACGAACACCAAUGAGGGCACCAGACGAUUCGUCAAGAAAGAAACGAUGCGGAAGAUCAAGUCGAUUGGCGGUCACGUGGGCCUGCUGAUCACCCUGAUGCUUUACACCGCGAUCGGCGGACUGGUUUUCCGGCAGAUCGAACUCCCGGCGGAGCUCAAACGGCUCGAGCGUCUGCGCGCAAGAUUACGCACUCAACGGUAUCGCUUCGUGGAGUCCGUUGCCAACAACACAGACGUCUACAAUCUGCAUACCUUGGUAAGCGUGAAAUUGCGCGCCUAUGAAGAAGCGGUUCAGGAGGCGGCCGAGGCGGGUCUCCUGGUCAGCUUCGUGACGGACAUCACCAAUCAGGACGAUUGUUCCGAGUUACCGCCUGUUGUAACAGAGAGAUGGAACGUCCUCCAAGCGGUUUUCUUCGCCAGCACCGUUCUCACGACGAUCGGAUAUGGCAAUGUUGUGCCGUCGACCAACUGGGGAAGGAUCUUCUGCAUCCUCUUUGCUUUCGUCGGUAUACCGCUCACCCUGAUAGUAAUCGCCGACUGGGGAAAACUGUUCGCGAGUGCGGUGGUGCACAUUGGAUUGAUGAUGAAGUCGAAACUUCCGUUUUACGCGAAGCUUUCAUGCGUCCCAGCAAACGUGAUCGGCGUGACGCGACGGUCGCUUGGUGCCUGUGCCACCAUCAUGCUGCUUUUCUUAUAUCUCGCCUGCGGCGCCGGUAUGUUUAUGCUGUGGGAGGAUGAUUGGAAUUUUUUUGAUGGAUUUUAUUUCUGCUUUGUGACUAUGACCACUAUAGGUUUCGGCGAUCUUGUUCCGAAAAAGCCAAAGUACACGUUAUUGUGUACUUUGUAUAUCUUGGUCGGUUUGGCGCUGACCAGCACCAUCAUCGAACUCGUCAGACGACAAUAUGCUCAGUCCUGGAGGACGCUGCAAAGAUUAAGUGGUCCAUUGGCUGACACUCUCAGGAAACUCGGCGAACAAGCGGGCGGCGAUAUGUCAGCGCUACACUCUGAUCUAAGGAAAGUCUUGACGAUUAUAUCUAUGCCGCGUCUGAAGCGGUCCGCGUCUAUCGGUCGGGGUGUCACGAAGGAUCAGGACUGGGAGGAAGCUGUGGAGGCAGUGUUACGAGACAUCGCGGCAUCCGCGACGGCGCCGCCGCCCAAGAAGCCGAUCGUACAGAUCGUCGUUUACGAAUCCAGCGUCUAGUUUAUUGUUUAACAAUUAACUUGAAAGGAUCCGUCGCACCGCGAGUUUCGUGAGUGUUUCUAACAGACUAUCGGAUCUCGGCGUGCGAAAAAGGAUCUACAUCAAACUAUAUCGGGGAUGAAUAAACAUCACGAACAAACAUUUAUGAACGAUGCAGCAUACUCGUCCACGUAAAUUUUAUAUUAUUCAUAAUCAUUCAAGUAAAUUCGUUCUUGCUCUCGCUUUCGCCUCGAAUUUUUCAUAUUUAAUCUCUGGUGAAAAUUGUCUUCAGAAUUGGAACACUUUUUUAAAAUACUAAGAAAGUAUAUUUUUUCAUAGGAAUUUCUUUUUCAUAAGAAUAAUUUUCCUAAAAAUAUUUAACGAGAUCCCUAAGAUUUCUUAUUCUAUAAUAUUUUCUAAAUUAUUCUAAUUAAUUGCCAAAUGUUAUUAGGUUAAUCAAAAAUAGAAUAUAGAAUAAACAAUUAAAGAAAACCUACUCACAUAAACAAAAGAAAUAUCUUUUAAAAAUUUGAAAGAUAUCGAAAAGUUAUCUUUUAGCAAUUUGAAAAACCUAAGCAAUAUUUUGAGACAUUAUUUUAUAGAUCUGUGGAGAUGUUUUGAAAAUAUCUUUUAAAAAUUUAAAAGACAUUAAUAAGUCAUGAGUGAAUAUCUUAAAAUGUUUUAAACAUUUCAAAGAUAUCUUUGAUAAGAUGUCUUUUUAUUAAUAUCUACAAUAAAUAUCCACAAACCUUGAUAUUUUCAGAGGAUUUUAGAAUUCAUACAAAAAAGUCGCCAAUGCUGACAUAGACCUCUAAAGUAGUAACCCCUUAUUUUUUAAACCCAUAAUCCACACAUCCAUAGCUUUUUUCUAUAAAAUCUAUUAAAGAUAAAUUUAAUCUAUAUAUAUAAUCGCGCACGAUUAAAUAUU